UUUAGUAGCAAGUAGACCGCAAUCUGUGAAACAAAGUGUUCCUAUUACUCAGUUAGUACAGUGUCUAGUGACUAGUGUAUACGCAUACAUUAAACAUGGCAAGUUAUUCAUGUUAUAUUCAUGAUUCAUCGUGAAUUCUUCUUAGUUUUAAAUCAUUUAACAGUGAAUAAGGUUAAAAUCCUCGAGAUUAUUUAUCCCGGCGUUGUUUCUACGCGGCGCAACAGAUGUGUAUUACGGCUCUAGUGGGAGGAGGACUGUCAAUGUGCUGAAAAUUGACGUCUCUUCUAUAUCAAUCUAUCCUGAAAAGAGAUGUCCAAUGAAAAAGUGCAAGUUGCUGUUAGGGUUCGACCCUUUAAUCGUCGAGAGCUUGAGCUUCGAACACCCAGUAUCAUCGAUAUUCAAGCAUCGUCGAUCAUCAUUCGAUCAUCGUCCGACGAUUCAGAUAAAAAAUCCACGAAAAGUUUCUCCUUCGAUCAUUGUUUCGACUCGAAGGAGGAGAAUGGAGUUGGGCAAGGCGAAGUCUUUGAGGCCCUUGGUCUGGGAAUUCUGGAUAAUGCUUUUAAAGGGUACAACGCCAGUGUAUUUGCGUACGGACAAACCGGUUCUGGCAAAUCGUACACAAUGAUGGGCACUCAGGAGGACUCUGGUCUGAUUCCACGCCUCUGCUCUGAGUUGUUUUCCCGAAUUGACCAUCAGAAAGAUUCUAGCGAAGUUACGGCUGAAGUGAGUUACAUGGAGAUCUAUAAUGAAAAGGUUUAUGAUCUCUUAGACCCUGCUUCAGUCUCAGGUAAAAGGGUUGGGUUGAAGGUAAGAGAGCACAGUGUGCUGGGACCUUAUGUGGAUGGUCUCUCAAAACUAGUUGUUUCUUCUUAUGAGGAUAUUGAUGCACUAAUGGAGGAAGGUAAUAAAUCCCGAACUGUUGCAGCUACUAAUAUGAACAAUGAGUCCAGUAGAUCUCAUGCUGUCUUCACGAUCAUUCUCACAUUCAGGUUAAGGGACGAGUUGAGUGGAGUUGAAGGAACAAAAGUUUCCCGGAUUUGUCUUGUUGAUCUAGCAGGCUCAGAGAGAGCUGUCAAAACAGGAGCAGUCGGCCAGAGGUUAAAAGAAGGAUCAAAUAUUAACAAAUCAUUAACUACAUUAGGUUUGGUUAUUUCUAAGCUGGCUGACCAACAAUUAACGAUUAGUAAAAAUAAGGAUAAAUUUGUACCGUACAGAGAUAGUGUGUUAACUUGGCUGCUAAAGGACAGCUUAGGAGGAAACAGCAGAACUAUUAUGAUCGCUACCCUAUCACCUUCAGCGGAUAAUCAUCAUGAAUCCUUGUCAACUCUUAGAUACGCUGAUAGGGCUAAGAGAAUAGUGAACCAUGCAGUGGUAAAUGAGGAUCCAAAUGCCAAGAUAAUCCGCGAACUCAGAUCAGAGAUUGAAACAUUAAAGGAGCUUUUAAUCCAUACUGCUGAUCCUCAAAUGCUGAAGGAGAAGCUUGGGGAGAAUGAGAAGUUAAUGAAAGAAGUCUCCUUGACUUGGCAGCAGAAGAAGGAUAAAACAGAACAAAUACAAGAAGAUAGAAGGCAAGCAAUAGAGAAGAUGGGUAUAUCUCUUCAAUCUUCAGGCAUUAAGGUUGAGAAAGAUCGUUACUUCCUGGUAAAUCUGAACGCAGAUCCAAGUUUAAAUGAACUUUUAGUUUAUUACAUCCAGGAUACAACUCUGGUAGGAAGAGAAGAGGCUAAUGUACUGCAAAAUAUUCAGUUGUCUGGACUGGGAAUACAAGCAGAACAUUGUAAACUAAGUAUCGAAGACGACUCCUUGUUUAUUGAACCAUUUUCAGGUGCAAAAACUUGUGUCAAUGGAAAAGAAAUCCAGACUCGAACCCUGGCUGAAGAUGGAGAUAGAAUUCUCUGGGGAUUCAAUCAUUUCUUCAGGGUUAAUUGCCCAAAUAAAAAUAAGGAUAAAGAGAAAAAAUUGCUAAAUGAGGAAGGAAGAGACACUAUGCCUUCUAUAGAUUGGAGGAUGGCCCAGGAGGAAGUGAUGUUAAUGAAGAACCUAUCAGAAAGAGAACUGAGAAUGAAAAUGGAAAAAAGGUUCAAUUCGGAAAAACAAACUGCGUUAGAGAAUCAAAGACUUGAAUACGAAAGAAAACUGGAAAACCUUCGACAUACAAUAACAAUGCAGCAGGAUUUUGAGUAUCCAACGCGGCAUUCUUUACUUACGUCGUCUUUUCUUGAAGAAGAAGAUGGAUGGGGUGACAGUUGUGAUGAAAAAUGGAGACAGGGCGUUUCCAAGCUUAAAGAAGAGAUAAUACAGGCCAAUUUAUUGAUAAGAGAAGCAAAUCUACUAGCAGAGGAAUUGGGAAAAUCCGCAAGAUUUAGUGCAACUCUCCGUAUUCCUCCUCAAAACCUUACUCUGAACAGGCCCCCUGGAGGAUUUCUAGCUGAGCCCGCCAUUUUGGUUCGACAAGGGGAAGCCGCUCCAGCCACGUGGAGUCUGGACAAAAUGGAUGCCAAGAUUGUGCGCAUGCGUGAACUUUAUAAAAUGGCGGGGCCAAGAUCAAGUGUUGAACCAUUAAAUCAAGAUGAGACAAAUGAACAAUCAGGUGACCUAAACACCACACUUGAGGAGUUACUAGAUGAUCCAUUCAGCGAGCCGACCCAAAAUCACGAACUAAUUGGGGUUGCAAACCUAUUUCUUGGUUCACUAUUCCACGAGGUCAAAUUCCAAUACUGGGUUCCGGUCAUCUCACCUCAGGGAGAGGUCGCGGGGAAACUAGAGAUAGAGCUUGAAAAAACUGGAGGCAGUUUACCGGAGGAUAGGAUGGCAGGAGGGGAUGAAGAUUCAGAGUCUUCAGAGGUCUUAAGCCAGGCUUCCAGAGAAUCCAAACAUAGCAAGGUUUCCAGCGAAUCCAGACCUUUGGAUGAGUCUAAAAUUUCAUUUAUUUUGAGAAUUAGGGAGUUGAAAGGAGUUGACCUCGCCUUCUCUGAGUUUGUUUUCUGUGAGUUCUGUUUGGACAGUCAGGAACCAAUUCUUGUUCUUCCUAAGAUGGAUUCUCUGAAGCUCUCGCAGUUUGAGCAAAAUGUUAGUUUCAACUUUGAGAAAGAGUUUAUACUUACCGUAAAUGAGGAUCUGAUUGAUUUUUGUACAGACGGAGCGAUUCCAAUUCAUGUCUUGGGACAAAGAUCUGAUUUGCUUGAGAAUUUCCAUGUGGCAGGGAGUCCAGGUAAAAAGGUUAAAUCCUUGGAGGAUGUUUGGGACAUGGUGAGUAGACGGUUGGAACUAACGAUGGCUGUUCUUGAGCUCAAUGAUGAAGGAGAAUAUGUUCCUGUUGAAGUUGUUCAGGAGGAGGGUGGCACAGCUGGAAUAUUCCAGCUGAGGCAUGGGCAGCAGAAGCGAAUGUCUUUCCAAAUUCAACCCAUUGAAGGAUCUGGUUCUCUUCCGAUAGAACUAGAUGGUAUCCUUAAUGUGUCCAUAGGAUGUCCUUGUGUCAGAAAUAAGUCAGAUAAACCCAUGGAUUCAUAUCAAGAGGAUGACUUAAACCAGCUUAGGGAGAGGUGGAGUCAGGCAUUGGACAUUCGAAAGAACCAUCUUCAGACUCAGAUUCAGGCCUUCUUGGAUAUUCCAGAUAAGAAUGAACAUGAGAAAGCGAGAGAAGAGUCUCUUCUUAGCCAGUUGGUAGAGCUUAUGGAGGAGCAAAAUGCCACUUAUUCCCCUCCAGACAACUCCAAAAUCCCUGGCUCUAUGGUCAAUUCCUUCCCAAGAGGAGAUGGCAUUGAACGCCAUCAUCCUGUUAUUUUUCUCGACACAGUCAGUGGAGAUAAGUUUCACGAUACUUCCAUUGAAGAUGAACUUGGCAUUCCCCUGUAUGGUCAGGAUUCAGUAUUACCUAAUGAACUUGGCACAUUGUUUGUGUCACAUCCUAUUGUAAGUUAUUCUGAAAAUGAGACUGGAUGUCUAGUCUCGUGGGACUCCUCCCUUCAUGACUCCCCUGCAUUAAAUCGAGUAACUGACACUAACCAACGAGUUUUUAUGAUAGCCAGAGUAACUGUGCGACUUACACAACCCUGCAUCAUGGACAUAGUUCUUAGAAAACGUUUUAGUUUUAUAAUCUAUAAAAAGCAGUCUCUAACCGAUAGACUCUGGAAAAAACUUGGACCAGUAAACCCCCAAACGUCUCUAGGGGUAGUCUACCACUUUGUUUAUAACAUCCCUCGUACAAGCUCAGAGUUGGAGAAUCGCGCAAGUUUGGCAGCUGCUGCUGCUUCGGGUCAGGAGAUCUUUGCUGAUGAUGGAGAGUCCUUAGUUGAGAAGUAUUCCAAAGGAGUAAGCGCAGUUGACGAACUCCUUCGCACGGAUAAGGUCCGUCAGCAUAUUGCUCUAAAAGAACUUUUAACAAAGAAAAUGAUAGUAAAAAUGCCGUUGAAUAAUAUGAGAAAAACGUUUAGUGUUCCUAAUAUGCGAAUCUUAAAAAAUUCUAUUUCCUUAGAUAACAUUUCUGCCAUGAAUUUUAGACCAUCAGAAAGUUUCCAUGAACUUAACUUAGAGCUUGGAAAAACGCGCAAAGUGAGUGUAGAGGACGAACCUCGCGGCAUUCUGCGCAGAAUGACAAACUCAAAAACAAUGACGACACUCCAUGAGGGAAAAUCAACUUUGAGUCCAAACUCACAACUAUUAAAAAGUCCCAGACAAACAUUAGAAAAUCAAAGGUGGUGCGAAAGAAAGGGAAUUUUACCGCCUGCUGACACAAAUCUUUCGGUCUCCAGUGGUUAUCAGUCUAAGGCGGUUUCAUUGAGUAGUGAAGAUGAGGAAGAAAAUUAAUCUUAACCUUUGGAACUAUAGAUGAUGAAACAUUUGGAAUCAGCUUAUCCUUAGAACAAGAUUAACCCUUCGGACUAGAUUAAACUUUGGAAACAGAUUAAUCCCUGGGACUAGACUACUUGGAACAAGAUCAAUCCUUGGAACCAGAUAAAACCUUAGAACCAGAUCAAACUUUGCAACCAAAUCAAUGUUGGAUUUAUCCUUGGAACGAGAUUAAACUUUGGAACUAGAUUAAUCCUAUUCCUAUGGACUAGAAUCAACUUUGGAACAGAGAUAAAUCCUUGAAACCGGAUUAAUCAUUGGAACUUGAUUGAACUUUCGAGUCAGGUUGAUGUUUGGAACAAGAAUAACAUUUGGAACCACAUUAAACUUUGGAAUAACACCAACUAUUGGAACUAAACUAAUCUUUGGAAGAUUUGGAACCAGAUUGAUACUUUGAACCAGCUUAAACUUUGUGAUAUAACAUAACUUAUUAGUAGUGGUAUUAAAUUGACUGCAUGGUUCUAGGCUAUAAUUACUUAAUUAGCAUGAUCAUGAAAACCACUGACUAUUGAAAAAAGGGGGGAGGGGAAAUUUUUUUCCAAUAUAAAUUUAUUAACAGUAUUUUCUAUAGUUUCACGUUUCCAUUCUUCGCAACCAAAUUUUAUAAUAUAAAAGAUAAUUACCUAUAUAGGAAAACAUUUUUGAAAAAUUAAUAACAUCAAAAUUUGUUACUUGAUAAUUAUUAGAUAAAAAUACACUAAUUAUAAUUCUUAACAAUGUUCCAACCAGUAAGAAAUAUGACAAAAUUGUAGCAUGGCUUUGAAAAUUAUAAUUUUAAAUAUCAGAGGAGGUCGAAUUUAAUGAAAAGCGAGAAAUCGUUGAGUUAGGUUUGGCUAGUUAAACCAUUUCCCAUUAUAGUUAACUACCAAUUCAGUAAUUCUGACCUAAAGGGUGUCCUACGAAACAUGACAGUUAGUGAAUUGUGGGACACCCUGUAGCUUUAACUUGUGGACAUACAUUUCCAUUUGAUAUCAGCUGGGAACUUUUGUGCUGGAUACUCAUAAUUUCAGGAUUUAUAAUAAGGCUCCCUUCAACCCCUGACUAGGUUCGAUUAACAAGCAAAAUAUCGAAUGAAGAUUAAUCUGUAAAUAACUAAUUGAGAUUAAUCGAGUGAUAUCGAUAUCAACGAAUUACAAGAUCACUUUAAUAAACAGAGAAGUAUAUGCGACUUGAAAAUCUAUCUUAUCUGGGAUAUUAUGACUAAUAUUGACCACAUUUCUAUGGCGCCAAUUCACAUUAAAAACAAUUUAGAAGCA